AUGCACCCACGAAUUCCUUUCUUUAUAACUCUGCUUCUGGCCGCCGCUGGCCCUGCCCGCGGUGGAUGGGUCGUCAGCGAUGACAGCAGCAUCGCAUCCGUGCCUGCUGCAGCCACGCCCCUGGCUGCUCCAGCCGCUGCCGCUGCCGCUGCCUCCCCUGUGGCGGCUGCGGACCCCGAGGCUGCCGCCCUGACGGCUAUGGCCUCUGGCCAGGCGGCCCAGUGGAUCGUCACCUACCGCGUCAGCGCCGACGAGGUGGCCGCCGAGGCCGCCACCCCCCUGGCCGCCUCAGCGACCGCCGCCACCAUCGCCGCCGCGGGCGCCUCCUCGCCCGCAGACGCCGCACUGCUGCGCAUGCAGCGCACCGUCAAGGCGCGCGUGAUGUCGCCGGGCGGCGCCUUGGCAGCGCAGGGCGCCAGCGUUGUGCGCGACUUCCAAAACCUGCCCGUGUCGGUGGUGGCGCUGCCCAGCGCCGCCGCCCUGGCGACCCUGCGCGCCGACCCCUCAGUGGCGAGCGUGGAGCCCAACCGCCCCAACAGCCGUGCCUUGGUGCAGAGCCUGCCCCUUGUCGACCAGCCAGCCGCCGUCGCCGCGGGCAGCAAGGGCGCCGGCUGCUAUGUGGCCGUCCUUGACACCGGCGCCGACUACACCCACCCCGACCUGGGCUCCUGCGCCACCGCCGGCGCGCCUGAGCCGUGCCGCGUGGCCUACGCCAGGGACUUCACCAAAGUAGAUGACGGCCAGCUGGACAGUGACGGGCAUGGCACCAAUGUGGCGUCUAUUGUGGCCCGCGUCGCCCCUGGAGUCAAGAUUUUGGCCCUGGACGUGUUUUCAAACGAUGCAGCUGGCAAUCUCGUGGCCUGGGACAGCGACAUCCUGUCCGCCAUAGACUGGUCCAUCAAGGUCAAGAACAAUGGCACGUACAACGUCUGCGCCAUCAACCUCUCCCUCGGGUCCGCCUCAAAUGCCGCCACUCCCUGUGCCACCAGCGCCUACGAGUCUUCCUUCGCCACCGCGCGCCGCGCCGGCAUCGUGCCCGCCGUCGCCUCCGGCAACGACGCCAAGAAGAACGCCAUCGCCAGCCCGGCCUGCGCGCCGUCCGCGGUGUCUGUGGGGGCUGUCUACGACAGCAAUGUCAACUCGCGUGCCUGGAGCGUCUGCACAGACGCCUCCACCGCCGCCGACCAGGUCGCCUGUUUCAGCAACAGCGCCGCCUACCUCACGCUGCUGGCGCCCGGCGCCAUCAUCAACGCCGGCGGCUGGUCAAUGGCCGGCACCAGCCAGGCCACGCCCCACGUGUCGGGCGCUGUUGCAGUGCUCAAGGCCGCAGUGCCCACCGCCACCGUCGCCCAGGUGAUCGCUGCACUGCAGUCCAGCGGCAAGCUCGUCACCGACGCGGCCAACGGUGUCAGCACGUCACGCAUCGACGUGGCCGCGGCCGUUGGCGCCCUGUCCAGCGGCGGCGGUGGCGUGGGCGCCAACACAGACACCACUGCCCCCACCGGCUCGGUCAGCAUCAACGGCGGCGCUGCCAUUUCUGCCUCCCUGGACGUGACCCUGGCCAUCAGCGGCACCGACGCCAGCGGCGUGGCUUCCAUGUGCAUCAGCAACACCGCCGCCGCCUGCACCGCCUUUGAGACCUUUGCCACAACCAAGGCUUGGCGCCUAGCCGCUGGCGCCGACGGCGUGCGCACAGUCUUUGUGACUCUCAAAGAUACCGCAGGCAACACCAUGGCCACCCCUGCCACCGACACGAUCACCCUGCAAACGACCCAAGCAGACAACACACCGCCAACCGGCUCAGUCACCAUCAAUGGGGGUGCUGCCACCACCACCACCCUGGACGUGACCCUGGCGAUCAGCGGCAAUGACGCCAGCGGCGUGGCUUCCAUGUGCAUCAGCAACACCGCUGCCGCCUGCACCGCUUUCCAGGCCUUUGCUACCACCAAGGCUUGGCAGUUGGCUGGCGGCGCCGACGGCGUGCGCACCGUCUUUGUGACUCUCAAAGAUACCGCAGGCAACACCAUGGCCACCCCUGCCUCAGCCACCAUCACCCUGCAGACGUUGGUUGCCGCUGGCACCAGCGCUGUCGUAAUCAACGGCGGCACCGCCUACACCAACGCGCGCACCGUGCCUCUGCAAAUCAGUGCCCAGGGGGCAACCUCCAAGACCAAAAUGUGCAUCAGCCAGACCGCUGCAGACGCCUCCGGCUGCGGCGGCUGGUCUGGCUUCGCGGCCAGUAAGAAGUAUUCUCUUGGCACCUCGCCUCAGGGGCUCCGCACCAUCCGCGUUUUUUUCAGGGACGCCUCUGGCGCCGCGCUUCCUACUGCAGUGGGCACCAUCUCUUUUGACAGCGUGGCACCCUCCAUGGACCCCGCCGCCAUGGCCGUCACGGCCACUCCCACGAGCAGCAGCGUCAUAGUUGGGUUCCUGCAAGCCGCCACUGAUGACGUGUCCGGCGUCGCGUCAUACGUGGUGGUCGGCCGCCAAGGCAAGACAGCACCCCCGCGCUGCAGCGGCGCCAGCCUCAAGAAGGCCCUCAGCGGCGGCCUCGCCAGCACCGUCGCUGCCCCCACUACCCCGGGCACUGACGGUGUUCGCGCGGCCGUCGUGCAGUCGCAGAGCGUUUCUUUCUCGGGGCUCAAGGCAAGAACAUCGUACUCGUUUCGUGUGUGCGCUCUUGACACCGCGGGCAAUGCUGCCCAGGGUGUCACUGUCUCUACUAGCACGACUGGAUGA